AUGGGCUCCAUCAAGCUAUGUGGUUUGGCGAUUACUUUCCUUGCAGAGGCCGCCCGAGGGCCAGGCUGGGAGGCAUCCGGUUUGCCAGCGGCCCUGGCGCAAGAAGGGGUGCGCCGUUCUUGCGAGUAUUUUGGUGCCAAGACGGGUGUGGGCACGCUUUGUCGCUGUCCCGAAGGAAAUGUCACCAAUAUCAGGUGCGGCGAGCAGGGUGUUGGGGCGGGGCUAGCAGAAUUCCAGGUGACCGAUGGCUUAGAUAAGCCCUGCAAAUGUGAUCAUCCCUGCUAUGCCUUCGACAAGGCCUUCCCGAAGCGGGGGACACCAGGAUCUGUGUGCACUUGCCUCUUCAUAAAAAAAGGUUACAAACAGCAAAGGUUGGCUGUGGGGGCUUGCGGGGCAGGGUGGGGCGCAAAAGAGUUCCCUUUGGCCGGGGCUUCCAAAGGAUGCUCAUGCAAAACGCCCUUUGACUUGGGGAAAAUUCGGCCUCCAAGCCCCGUCCUUGUCGCGGCCUUGAACUUCUGUGCAGCUGCUGGGAAUGAAUACGGCAACAGAAUCGGAAGGAACUUCGGAAAGCAUAUUCGGGAAACUUACCAGAGGCAUCGAGAAGGGGCUGCCGAUGCCUUGGACCGCCUGCACCUGACCCCCGAGCUGUGUCAAGCGGUAGUCGCGGGCUCCUUCAACAACUCCCAAAAGAUGGAAAGCCCAUGGCUGGAAGAUGCAGCGAAGCUGUCCGAGCACGAUGGCUCCAAGGGCUUCGGGCGCUUAGAUCCACUUGUGGGCAGCACGCUUCGGCACCACCUGCGACAGGUUUGCCACGACGAGUGCACUUUGAUUGUCGAAGAGGUGAAAGGAGCUUUACAGGAUGUUUUUUUCGACGAGUUUGCCAAGGGCCUCAGCACCGAGCAGUCCUGCGCGGAUCGCGUGGUGCGCAGGGUCGAGGCCGAGGUGCUGGGCUGCUGCGGUCGUGCCUGCGGCUGGAGUGGGCGAAGCUGCACGAGCUGGCCCUUCCUCUCCCAAGAUAACCAGGCUGCUUGGCUGGCGGAGUGCUGUACUGAGUACAACGUCCUGAAGAACUCGAGCAGGGAGAUGAUGUGCAACAGCGUCCUGACCCAACAAGAUGCUGAGCUCGUCUCUGAGCAUGACCUCUCAGUAGAAGGAAAGGAUGCUGCGGCCACCUACCUUGGCCAAGAUCCGCGCCUCCUUUGGACCGCUGAAGGUGCCGCGUCCGAUCUUGGGAGCAAGUAUCACUUCUUGGAUCCGCCCCCCAGAGCCGGCCACGCUGUGGCAGAAGAGCUGCUGAGGCAGGAGCCCAACAUCCGUCAGAGGGGGCUCGCGAACGGCUGGUUUGUCAUGGAGAGCGCAGAGACGGAGAGCUCCUCGCCAGUGGCCACUUCCUUCUUGACUGUCGCAGCGGCGGCGGAUUGCGAGACGGGCCCCCUGGACAUGACGAGGUGCUCAGCAGACUUCAAGCGGUGGCAGCAUGAAGCAUGCGUCGAGGGUGCAGGCUGGCAAGCCAGGAAAGUCAGCAAAGGCAGGGGGCGCAGACCGGGCUGCAAGCAGUCCGCAGCCGUUCAUGUUGCCACGCCUCAAGAGUGUCUUGAAGCAGACCUCAACGGAUUCAGUAAGAUCGUCAGGGGUGAAGAGAGGUUAGCGGGGGAGGAGGAGGCCCGCUACUUUGAGUACAACAAAGGCCAGGACGGCCCGCCCAUCGCGUGCUACGUGGUCUCCGAAAACUUCCCGUGCAACUUCGAGGACGUUGAGUCUGAAGCCUGGGAUUUGGACAAGCUCGUGUUCGUGAAGCCCAUGCCGUACAAGUAG